CUAAAUGAGAUAUCAGCCGCCACCCUUAUACCUCCAAGCCUCCAGCGCCGCUACCUUAUGCCAAACUCCUACCACCGCCGCUAUUGAUGCCGGAAACCACCUGGAAGUCCACCGCUCUUCUCCUUCUCCUUCUUAAUCUGCCACCUUACGAACCUCCAGCCGCCACCACUGCCGAGCACACGAACUGAUAGUGUGAACCACCGGGAUUACUGCCCUGUUGCGCUGAAGCGGUGAAGACGUCGCCGACGCCCAUGCCGCCAUCCGACACCAUUGACGCUCCAGUCGCCGGCGAAGACGAAGAGUCACGAGGGGAUCAGAAAGCUCGAUUCGUGGGUACUGUGGUUGUUCGCGUUUGGGUCGGAGACCCUCUCUUCUUGUUCUUUUGUUGCUGCCUCAGCUCACAUCCGCCGUCGUCGCGUUGCUGUCGUCACCGACCAUUGCUUGUCGCCGAGAAGGAAUUCUGAUGAUCGCGGGAAGGCGAAGGCGUGAUAGUGCACCUCCUUACAUUUUCAUGAUUGAUUCUGGGGAUACUCUUAUGUUUAAAUUGUUUUGAAAAUAAACUGUAAUAACUUAAUGGUUUUAAAUGUUUUAAAAAGUUUUAAAUUGGCUUGAAUUUUAUGGGUGUUACAAGUUGGUAUCAGAGCCUUGGUUUGAGUGAAUUGGAGGAAACACUCGCAUGUCUCCACUCUCAAACUAAGGACAAGAUUUUAUAGUGAUUUUCUUAAAAUGUUUUUGAAAUAAUAAAGGAGGAUGCAAGUGUACGAUCAGCCGGAGCUCGCGGAUAGACCCCAAAAUACCUUACGGAUUAUUUGAUUAUGUGAUAUGUUAGAACAGCAUGUUAGUACUAGGCUAAGGAUCUUCAGGAAUUGUAUGAUUACAUGAUGCAUGAUAGCCUAGGGUUUUCCUUAUAUGAAAUUGACAUCAUUAGUGUAGUUGCUUAGUGUAUGCAUCACGGCUGUACAUAAUUAAGAUCUUAUAGCCUGAGAAUGUUUGGUUUGGCCUUAUUUCCUAUUCUUGUUUGAUGAAGGGCUUAGGGUAGGAUCAGGUAUUCGAAAGUCUAUAGGGUCCAGCGUUAUGUAUGGUUAGCAUACACGAGUGCUCCAGGGUUGGUGGAAGUUUCAUGGGUGGGUUGUGAGAGGCCGGGAUGCCAGUUAUGAGAUAUAUAGUAUUCCUCUAGGAGUAAGGAUUGAGCGCUCGCUAUGUCUAUGUAUAUUGUUAGGGUGUUGUGGUGAUACUUGAGACAAAUAUGGGUAGGUGUGGAAGGUAGUAUGGGCCCGUACUGUCACACCCCCAAACCGGAACGACGGAAACGUUCGGGGGUGGAUGACGUCAUGUGUAGCAUCACAACAACUGUAUUAUAGCAAUCAUAGUAAACACAACCAUUACAUUGAAUACAUAUAUGAAAAGGGUUUACAUCUGUUUUAUACUUGUUUUUAUACAUCAAAAGUAUAAUUAAAAGAAAAGGACAAGACUCUAUACGCUCCGUCUUCUCAAAACUUCGGGAGGUAUCUGUCUACUGAUUUCCUGAGAAUACAAGCAGUUUUUGAAAGAGUAUCAGCAUAAAACUGGUGAGUUCAUAAGCG